UUUUGUACUCGUGCUCUGUGCUCAAAAGCAAUGCUCAGUCCGGAUGCAUACACACAAUGGUAGGAAGCUGGCGCUCCCCACUCGAACAGGCUCAAUCCUCCGCGUCCGCCGACGACAGCGCUAGUCCCACCAGAUCCCUCACCCUUCACCCCACCAAGUGCAUUUCGCAACAUGACUAGAUUUACAUUUCGCGCAGUCCUUGCUAGAGAAGAGAUACGCCCGCCAUGAACGCACUGGGUGACAUGUCACCUACCUUGGACCCGACUCAACUCGCUGCCGGACACGCUCCACCUACGCCUCCGCACGAAAAUGCACUCGACGACAUCUACGGUUCGGCGCCCGCUUCACCCACCCUCUCAGCAAACGUUCCCCAUGCACGCGCUCAUGAAAUACUAUCCGAUCUCCCGUCCCGUCAACGGGCGCUCGACACAGAUGCAUACCGAGAGGGUCUGGCAAACAGCAAGGGCAAAUACGUGCAAGAAGGAUUCGACGAAGGCUACUCUCUCGGUGCAAACCUAGGCCUACGCGUCGGCUACAUACUAGGAGUUCUGCAAGGUUUUGUCGCUGCCUGGAGGGGUCACAACGAACAAGUCCACAAAGAAGUGGCACAAGUCUUUGAUUCUGCGCGUAAAGAGCUCGCCAUCGAGGAGUUGCUAGGCCGCCAAUGGGUAGAUGAAGAGGGUAUAUGGAAGUGGGGCGUUGUAGGAAAAGACGAUGACCCUACAUUCAGGGAGGUCUCGGACCAGCAUCCUGUAGUGAAGAAGUGGAUGGGCGUAGUCGAGGAUCUGGCAAAGAGGUGGGACGUUGAUCUCAAGGCUGUGGAGAAGAGUCAAGUGCCGCAGGACGAACAAUCAUGAGUGACCCCGAAGGAGAUCUAGGUGCUCUCUCACAUUCCUACUACUUCCAUGGUAUAUCGAUAUCACGACAAAGCUCCACUUGCAUCAGCAAAGGCUGAAGUGGUGUCAACGCCAUCACAGCAAUCUUCUCUCCAUGCUUCCGAUCAGAGCGCUCUAUAGCUCGCUCGAGGAAGAGGUAGCCUCUUGCGGACGGGAGAUGAAAUAGAACUGCAUCAUCUUGAGAUAGGAUAAGGGGAGGCGAAUAUCCGCACACAAUGUCCUAUCCCAUCCCACAUCGAGCGGUUGC